AUGUCGCGGACUAGAUUCCUGCUACUUGCCAAAUUUGUGCACUUUGUGAGUAAUGCAAAUUUGGUAAGUAGGAGAUAUGAACGCAAAGUGGAAAAAAUCGCGCCGGUAGUGGACCACUGCAACCGAAAGUUUGCAGAAAUGUAUACACCGUCUCAGUACCUCAGCUUAGACGAGUCCUUGCUUUUAUGGAAGGGUCGUUUAAGCUGGAGGCAGUGUAUACGGACCAAAACUGCACGCUUCAGAAUCAAAUCCUUUGAGCUUUGUGAGGCUGAAACCGGCUACUUGCUCCAAUACCGGCUGCACACAGGCAAAAAUACUGCCAUGUAUCCCGGACCCUUACAUGGCUUUAAUGACAAAACCGCGAAGGUUGUCUUACAGCUCAUGGAGGGGUACCCGGAUACAGGGCAUGUUCUCGUUAUGGACAAUUGGUAUAACCAAUUGCUCUUAACGAGCUAUCUUAAAAGCUGGUGUACAGAUAGUGUAUUGGGCACGAUAAGCCGCCGGCAAAAGGGGAUACCACAGGCUAUAAAGGAUUUGAACCCGAAGCAGCUGGAGCGUGGGGUGUCUGUAGGUAGACAUUGCGGUGACAUCGCGUUGGUGGCGUGGAAAGACGUCAAACUUGUCACCGUUUUGUCUACCUACCACCAACAUGAGAUGGUACCGGGAAGACGUGCUGGACAGGCGGUCCUGAAGCCUGAAAAAAAUUUAUAA